AUGAGCUGGGGAUUCCUACGAGAUGUCCUAAGUGGAGUGAAUCAGUAUUCAACAGGAAUCGGCAGAAUCUGGCUGGCUAUUGUGUUUAUAUUCCGCCUGCUUGUGUAUGUAGUGGCUGCAGAAAACGUGUGGAAAGAUGAACUGAAGGAGUUUGAGUGCAAUAUUAGGCAACCCGGCUGUGAAAAUGCGUGCUUUGAUCACUUCUUCCCUGUUUCCCAGGUGAGGCUUUGGGCCUUGCAACUGAUCAUGGUCUCCACCCCAUCGCUUCUGGUUGUCCUCCAUGUUGCCUAUCGAGAAAACAGAGAAAAAAGACACAAGAAAAAGUUGUACAAGAAUACAGGAAGCAUGGAUGGUGGAUUGCUCUGCACCUACCUUAUCAGCCUCCUUUCCAAAACAGCAUUUGAAAUCAGCUUUCUCUUUUUAUUUCACAAGUUGUACGGUGGCUUCAAUGUUCCCCGACUUGUUAAGUGUGACAUGCAUCCAUGUCCAAACACUGUUGAUUGCUACAUAUCUAAGCCAACGGAGAAAAAAGUCUUCCUGUAUAUAGUGGUGGUGACGUCCUGCUUGUGCAUUGUUCUAAAUGUCACUGAACUCACCUACUUGAUCUUCAAAUCCUCCAUCAAAUGCUGUUUCAAAAAUUACAUCAAGAGAGUUCAGGACUCCAAACAUGAAUGCAAAAAAACAAAUUCUAAUGAUGAGCACGGAACAACCUUGGACAGUGGAAAUUAUUCAGCUACUCUCUUCAGCAUCCAGAGAGAUGAAAGCAAUCUGCCUUCCAAUCCACAUGAAAAAUAA